CUUAUUCAGUACCUAUCUUUUUCUGUCUGUUUUUCAAAGAAAAAAAUUCUUAUAUUUUUUGAGUUGUGGUGUGCAGUUAUAUUUUUUGUAAAAUACAGAUGGCUAAAUAUAGCAACUACCAGACAUCCAGCUACAUACAUAAUAGGUAAGCUAUGAAAUUUCUCCUUUGUCGGAGAAGAAGAAAACUAAGAAAACAGCUAAUUCAGAACCGCAAGGCAUAUCGCUGAGAAGCGAUCGAUUUCAGGAAGGAGACCAUUACAAUAAGCUAAUCAGCACAUCCUUCCUGUCAUCGACGCUUAUAGUGAGAACCUUUUCUGCGGUUCUGAUUGGUCGCUGCUUUGAUUUUUGAUGCCGCUGCUCGCAUUGGAUUAAGUUAAUUUUCUGCAGUCGGUGUUGUGAAUUGAAAACGAGCAACUGAAAAAGCAGAAUAAGAGAUCCAAAAGCUACCAUAUCAGUAGCUUUUGGUCAGCCUGCACCUGACAAAUGACAUCUACAAGAACGUGUUUGGGAAAGCGCAUAUCAGCAAGAAAUAUGCCGACCAAGGAGCAUGCAGCUCAAGGUUCUGGCUGUUCAAAAGAGACAACUGAAUUUGUAAAUCAUGGUCUUAUUCUCUGGAACCAGAGCAGACAGGAAUGGGUAGGGGAUAAGAAGAGAAGCAGUCAAUCUCAAUUGUUGCGUGCGCUCAAAUUAAGAAAGCUCCAGCUUUGCUGUUUGAAUUCGAGCAAGAGCAAGCAUAAGCUGCUUAACAGCAGCAAGCCGUUUCCCAGCCCUGUCCCGCUUGGGGAAAUGGUGGAUUUUCUGGUCAAUGUAUGGGAUGCUGAAGGAAUGUAUGAGAUGGUCUAAGCAGGGAGACAGAGGCUUCUUUCGUAAGUAGUGAUCACUAACACGUUCAAAAUGUUUGAUUUAUUGAACAGCAAAUUUUCUUUUUUGGCUGUAGAUAAGAUGUAGGAAUAAUGUAAAGUUGUUGUGCCAUUUUUGUUGGUACUAUUCAAACUUCAUCCUCUUUUUAUCAUUUUUACAUACAUUUUUCUGCAA